AUGAGCGACAAGGCUGAUCAGCCUCCAGAGGAUAUCAUAACCUUCGAGCACGACGACCCAGACGACCCAAAGAAUUGGUCCGUCCAGAAGAAGCAUCUUACUGUCGCUCUCGCUAGUCUCUACACAUUCUCCGGUAUAUUCGGGUCCGCGUUUUAUGCUCCCGGAGAACCAGAACUUCGGGAGAAGUAUGGUAUCAGUGCCGAUGUCUCGAGCUUGGGUCUAACGUUGUAUGUGCUUGGUUUUGGUCUGGGUCCCUUGUACUCGAGCACCGCUUGCUCUGCAUUCAUCCCGAAUAUCGCUGCCAUACUUGUCUUCCGAUUCAUAUCUGGAUGUGCUACCGCUGCCGCUCUCACUAACGGUCCGGCGGUUAUGGCAGACUUAUAUCCACAUGAUUUACGAGGACUCGGCCGUUGUAACGCGUUGUGUGCGUUCACUGCCCCCUGCCUGGCGACUUUGUUUGGAUUCUUUGUCGCAGCACGUACUCACGGGUCAUGGGUUUUGAAGGUUCAAUUCUUCUUCAGUGUCGCCAUAUGGCCCUUGUUCUGGGUUUUCCCGGAGACAUAUUCCCCAAAGAUACUUGCUCAGCGCGCCAGUGCUUUGCGAAAAUCAGGGAGAGUGAACGCAGUCGCAGCUCAUGAAAUGUAUCCUAUGACGAUGAAAGAGAUCAUACAUGGACGCAUUUUGCGACCAUUCAAGAUGAUCUUGUACGAGCCUAUCCUACAAGGCGCUACUAUAUGGAUCAGUAUCACUUACGGCAUCCUCUACUUCUACUUUGAAAUGUACUCCGUCGUGUUCUUCGUGCAGCACGACAUUCCGUUCGAACUCUGUGGCCUCAUGUUCCUCUUCGUUCUGUUUGGGAUGGUACUAUCUGUCGUUACAUUCGAUACCAUGCUGAAGAUUUCGGAGCGCAUGCGCGUACCGAUUGUUGAGCGGAUCGAUACCAACCUACCGGCUGAGGAGACUCAGCUCAAGAUAGUCAUCCCUGCAUGUUUGCUCCUCCCCGCCUCUCUGUUUUGGUUCGCCUGGUCGAGCGGACCGGGAACACAUUGGAUAGUCCCAGCACUUGCGGGUAUACCAUUCGGAUAUGCUACCUUGAGCAUGUUCUUUGCAUUCACUGCAUAUGUCUCUCGCACGUUCACCUUGUAUGCGUCUAGCGCCUCCUCGGCCAAUACGAUCGUUCGGUCUAUCAUUGCCGCGAUAUUCCCCGUGGUCGCCCACACCAUCACCGAUAACGUGGGCACGGAGUGGGGUAUCUCCAUCUUCGGCUUUAUCUCGCUCGCUCUCAUACCGAUUCCCUUCAUAUUCGUGCGAUACGGACCGGAGUUACGGAAUCGCUCUCGGUACGCGCAUGAGGCUAGGGAGCUUGCCGCAAGACUACAUAGGCCACAACAGCCGGCUACCGACAAUACCAGUCUAGAUCGGCAGGGUAAGUAA